AUGGAGUCAAGGAAAACCCGAGAAAAGGACCCUAAGUAUGUAGAGAGUAAUACGGAAUGCAGUGCCUCAGAAUAUUUGCCUGAGGAAAGCACUUUGGAGGACUCAUGUGCAUCCCCUUUGAAAAAGCUUGCCUGCGCCUCAAAACAGCCAGCCAGUGCCUCAAAACAGCCAGCCAGCGCCUCAAAGCAGCCAGCCAGCGCCUCAAAGAAGCCAGCCUGCGCCUCAAAGAAGCCAGCCUGCGCCUCAAAGAAGUCUGCCUGCGCCUCAAAGAAGCCAGCCAGCGCCGUAAAGCAGCCAGCCAGCGCCAUAAAGCAGCCAGCCGCCGCCUCAAAGCAGCCAGAGGGAAACCUGUCUGAGGCCCCACUAAAAUCAGCUCCAGUCACUCCCAUGGAACUCUGUGACAUGGGAGUGACAGUGGAUAAUGACACAGAAAGCAGGGUUCUUCAGAGACGAGAAGAAGAUGCCACAGACAGUAUUCCAGACAGUACCUCAGACAGUGACGAGAAAGUUCUUACCAUCAGCUCUUCCCCCACCUGGGAUUUUGAUGCAGAUGAUGAGACUGACACAGAGAGUAAGCUGAUUCCAAAGACUGCCGUUCCACCAAAUAAACAACCCAGAACUUCCUGCACUGUUGCAAAUGAAGAGCCCGACACAGAGAGUAAGCUGAUUCCAAAGAGUACUGUUCCACCAAAGAAACAACCCAGACCUUCCUCCACUGUUGCAAAUGAAGAGCCCGGAGCUGUGAAAGGUCAAUGCCCAGACCAGAAGAAAGGGAUGCAGUUUUUCAGCACUUGGGGAAAUACAUAA